AUGAGCGCCCUCGGAGGAGGUUCCUCGGAUAGAUCCGACGCUGCCUCGCCUAUGAGCAUUGCCUCGGAUACUAGUGAUGAAGGUGUUGAACUCGAAGUUGGUGACAGUGACAAUGAUUCGACCCUUGACGACCGGAUGUCUUCGUACACCAAGUCCGUAACCUCUAGUGUCGUAGAUUACCCUACAGAACAUGGGCGACGAUACCACGCGUUCAGAGCUGGAGGUCGUUUGGAUUACAAUCACGAGCUGGUUCUGAAGUUCCUCAAGUACAACCUCUUUCUAGCCCCAAUUGACGUGAGAAAGAUGCAACGAGUACUUGAUAUCGGUACUGGUACGGGUAUUUGGGCGAUCGAGAUGGGCGACACUUUCCCCAACGCGCUGAUCAUCGGUAACGACUUGAGCCCCGUCCAGCCAAGACUAGUCCCAUCCAAUGUCAGGUUUGAGAUUGAUGAUGUUGAAAGCGAUUGGGUUCACGAAAAACAUUUCGACUUCAUCUUCAGCCGCUACAUGGCUGGAUCUCUCUCCGACUGGCCAACGUUUGUGAGUAGAGCAUAUGAAAAUCUUCGGCCAGGGGGAUGGGUUGAGUUUCAGGACUAUGAUUUUGAAUUCUCGUCACUUAACGGAAGUCUGCGGCCCCAUCAUAAGACACACCAGUGGGAUCAAGCUUUCCUAAAAGCAGCCAGGCUAUGUGGUAUUGAGCCAUGUCCUGGAUCUAAGCUGGAGGGCUGGGUGCAGGAUGCAGGAUUCAUCAACAUCGGGCAUAAGACAAUCACGGUGCCUCUCGGGCCGUGGGCUAAAGACGAGUACCACCAAGAAAUCGGCCUGGGCAACUUGAUACAGCUUCUAGACGGGCUCGAGGCAUUCACCUUGAGGCUAUUUUGUGGAGUUCUUGGCAAAACAGAGGAAGAGGUAUCGACACUGUUGUCCGAAGUUCGCCAAGAGCUGAGAUCGCAAGUUUUUCACGCCUUUGGUGAAUUUCAUGUAGUCUAUGGACAGAAGCCAGAGUAA